AGAAUAGGAGCUUCCGCUUCCUGUCCCGCUUUGGUGCGCGGGUGGGGGUCAGUUGCUGGUCAUGGCGGCGGCCGUACUUUCUCGCGGAGGCGCUGGAGGAGAUGUUGAAGGGAUCCUGGCAGAAGGGGAACAUUCAGAAGUGUCACCAAAAGGAUCCAAAGAGGAGGAGGAGCAAAGGAUGCUGGGAGGUCAAGAUGGAGGCAGCAGGCAAGAGGGGAGACGAAAGCAGAAGCCGGAUGGUGACUCUGGUACAUCUCAGGGUGGUGAAAAUCAAAUUCCCAGAGAGGAGAAAAAGCAUGAAUGCACAGUGUGUGGAAAGAGAUUGGGUAGUCGCUCAUCUCUUACUUUACAUCAAAGAGUGCACACAGGGGAGAAACCAUAUAUAUGUUCCGAGUGCGGAAAGAGCUUCCGUCGAUGUGGUCAGCUUACAUUGCAUCAAAGAAAUCAUACAGGGGAGAAACCAUAUACAUGUUCAGAGUGUGGAAAGAGCUUCAGUCAAUGUGGUCAGCUUACCUCACAUCAAAGAACUCAUACAGGGGAGAAACCAUAUACAUGUUCAGAGUGUGGAAAGAGCUUCAGUCGAUGUGGCCAGCUUACUAGGCAUCAAAGAACUCAUACAGGGGAGAAACCGUAUACAUGUUCAGAGUGUGGAAAGAGCUUCUUUGAGAAUUGUAGCCUUACCAGGCACCAAAGAUCUCAUACAGGGGAGAAACCGUAUACAUGUUCAGAGUGUGGAAAGUGCUUUAUUUGGAGUAGGAACCUUAUGUUGCAUCAACGAACUCAUACAGGGGAGAAACCAUAUAAAUGCUUGGAGUGUGGAAAGAGCUUCAGUGCAACUAGUUCCCUUGCCUUGCAUCUACGAACUCAUACAGGGGAGAAACCGUAUACAUGUUCAGAGUGUGGAAAGAGCUUCAGUCACUGUGGCCAGCUUACUAGGCAUCAAAGAUCUCAUACAGGGGAGAAACCGUAUACAUGUUCAGAGUGUGGAAUGAGCUUCAGUAGGAAUGGUACCCUUACCUCGCAUCAAAGAAAUCAUACAGGGGAGAAACCAUAUACAUGUUCAGAGUGUGGAAAGAGCUUCAGUCAAUGUGGUCAGCUUACCUCACAUCAAAGAACUCAUACAGGGGAGAAACCAUAUACAUGUUCAGAGUGUGGAAAGAGCUUCAGUCGAUGUGGCCAGCUUACUAGGCAUCAAAGAACUCAUACAGGGGAGAAACCGUAUACAUGUUCAGAGUGUGGAAAGAGCUUCUUUGAGAAUUGUAGCCUUACCAGGCACCAAAGAUCUCAUACAGGGGAGAAACCGUAUACAUGUUCAGAGUGUGGAAAGUGCUUUAUUUGGAGUAGGAACCUUAUGUUGCAUCAACGAACUCAUACAGGGGAGAAACCAUAUAAAUGCUUGGAGUGUGGAAAGAGCUUCAGUGCAACUAGUUCCCUUGCCUUGCAUCUACGAACUCAUACAGGGGAGAAACCGUAUACAUGUUCAGAGUGUGGAAAGAGCUUCAGUCACUGUGGCCAGCUUACUAGGCAUCAAAGAUCUCAUACAGGGGAGAAACCGUAUACAUGUUCAGAGUGUGGAAUGAGCUUCAGUAGGAAUGGUACCCUUACCUCGCAUCAACGAACUCAUACAGGGGAGAAACCGUAUACAUGUUCAGAGUGUGGAAAGAACUUCAGUCAGAGUAGCCACCUUAAGUCGCAUCAAAGAACUCAUACAGGUGAGAAACAGCAUACGUGUUUGGAGUGUGGAAUGAGCUUCGCUUACCGCAAUGGGCUUGCUAGACAUCAACAAACACAUCGAGGCAACAAACCUUAUAAAUGCUGGGAAUGUGGCAGGAGCUUCAGUCACAGUGGCAGUCUUACCUUGCAUCAAAGAUUGCACACAGGAGAGAAACCUUAUAAAUGUUUGGAGUGCGGGAAGAGCUUCAGACACAGUGGCAGUCUUACCUUGCAUCAAAGAUUGCACACAGAAGAGAAACCUUAUAAAUGUUUGGAGUGUGGGAAGAGCUUCUGUCAUGGUAGCCAACUCACGUCGCAUCAACGAACUCAUACAGGAGAGAAACCGUAUACAUGUUUGGAGUGUGGAAGGAGCUUCAGUCACCAUAGCACCUUUAAGUUGCAUCAAAGAACUCAUACAGGGGAGAAACCGUACACAUGUUUGGAGUGUGGAAAAAGCUUCACGUGCAGUAGUAGCCUUACUAGACACCAAAGAACUCAUACAGGGAGGAAAUCUUAGAAAUGUUUGGCCUUCAAAAAGAAUUUAUGUGACAAGGACUCCCUUACUAAACUGAAAAGAACUCGUACAAGGGAAACAGAAAGGGUUGGCGGUGUGGGAAGAUAUUUAAUCAUAUCAAAUACCUCCUACAGAGAGUACACCAAUGAUUGUGUUCAGAAUUAGAAUUAGCUUCCAUUAGAAUUUUUAUUCCUUUUAGUGGCUGUGUUGCAGAUUGUUCUCCUGAUCAGAGUUAGAUUUACAUAGCUAUGUUCUAUUUUUUUUCUCAUGCGUUAUUUCCCAUGUAUUCAUCACUUGUAUAUAGCGGUGCUUUAAUAUUUAUCCGAUCCCCAAAAUUUGUUAAUCUGGUGUGAAUUGAUCUGAUAUUUUUCAUAGACACAAAUGCAUUCUCUGGUAUUCUGUUGACGUAUGUAAAUGACGUAUCUUUGCAAUGAGAGUAUAGCUCCUCAGAUCACAGCUCUAAUGAACAAAUGCUGUUGAAAAACAUAUACUGUAUAAUAAGCCUCAAUAUGCAGUCAAGAGAAAAAUUAUUCUUCUUUGGCGUAGCAGAGUAAAAUUGUCUUCCAUGAACACAGUCUUAACAGUGAGUCCGUAAGUGACUGUGGAGGCCAAUUCUGGACCCACACAUCCUUCCACAGUGGGGACAUAGCUUCCCAGGCGGGAGUUGAUAAUGGUUGGGGUUUGCCAUGCAUGCCUUCCUCUUAGCACGCUUCUCCCUUGCGUCCUGAGUUCGAGUGUCUUCAAAGUCCAUGACGCCUUUGGUCGAGAGAGGAAUUAGAACAGGAUAGAAUAUUUCAAUAUAGUAUUUUCCAGCCUGUGUCUAGAGUGUUAAUGGGUCACUGUUUCAGGAUGUGUGUUUCUUCACCUUCAUCUGCCUAGGAGGGAUAUCAGUUUUAUGUCUCCGAAAUAUCCAGGCAGUGGCCGGAAUAGAGGCAAUGGAAAGAAUAUGAUGAAAUAAAAGAACAUCUUCAAAGCUGGCCUCAUCAUAGACAAUUAAAGGAUAUCUUUAAAGAGGACAAUAAGAAAGGCUUCUCAUAGUCGGUUUCCAAAUUCCAACGUGGAAGUGAUAGAAGAAAGUACAAAAUUAUUUUAAAAAGGCAUAUAACAUUCUUUUGCAGUGGGAAACCAAAGACGAAGAAGUAAACUCGGUAAUGAUUAAAUAAUGGGCCAUAACAUACAAUUUGAAGAUUGGAUAAAAUUGUGGAAUAAAUUUGAAAUUUACAGAUUGUAUACUAUUGAGAGAGACCUAUAUGAAAAUGAUGUAUAGGUGGUAUCUAUCACCGGUUAAACUGGCAAAAACGUAUAAAAAUGAAAAGAGAGUGUUGGAGAUGUGAAAUAGAAGGUACGUUUUAUCAUAUGUGGUGGGAUUGUAAAAAGGUAAAAGCCUAUUGGGAAAUGAUAUAUAAUGAAUUGAAGAAAGUGUUGAAAAUAACUUUUCUAAAAAAAAAUCAGAAGCCUUCUUGCUAGGUAUUUUAGGCCAAGACAUACCGAAAGAAAAGAGGACUUUAUUUACGUAUGUCACUACAGCAGCAAGAAUGUUGAUUGCACAAAAUUGGAAGACUGGAGAAAUACCCAGUAAAGAACCAUGGCAGGAGAAGUUGAUGAACUGUGAGGGGAGAGACUCCCUCAGGCAAGGCCUCCUUCCACCUGCCUUGCCCCACUCUCUGCUUCUCAAUGUGUAGCGUAUUGUUUUAUGUACCGUGGCUUGCCAUUGUCUUAUUGAUUACAGUUUAGAUAUUAUUGUAA